UUUACUGAAAACAAACGUUAGCAACAUUCGCCUGAUCCCCACGCUGAUUUACGACAGUUUCACGAGCAUACAGCCGUUACGCUUUACGGCAGGGUUUGUCGCCCGCUAGCCAGACCCAAGCAGCUGCUAGAAGCCGCUCGGGCAAUGCGCAUUGGACUGCCCGGCGCAGAGACGCUGCAAGGUGGAUCCUUAAAAGCUUUGGUUGUGACGGUGGUCCUGAGUGCGUUUAUGUUCCAGCUGCUGAGGACUGUUGGACUGAGGGCCUUUUCCAUGGCAUCCGAGACGUACACGUCGGGCACACACUCUGCCGCCUUCGUCACUUGUCCUAACGACACAGUGGCUAAAGACUUGGCCAGGGGUAUUGUGGAAAGGAAGCUAGCGGCGUGUGUAAACAUCAUCCCAGCAAUCAAAUCUGUAUAUGAAUGGCAGGGUAAGAUUGAAGAGGACGAUGAAGUGCUGCUGAUGAUUAAAACCAGAAGUUCCAGGGUUCCUGCUCUUGCUGAAUAUGUCCGCUCUAACCAUCCUUAUGAGGUGGCCGAGGUCAUCAGCCUGCCUAUUGACCAGGGCAACCCGCCCUACCUCAAGUGGAUAGGAGACAUUGUCCCUGAGUAAUGAUGGACUAAUGGUGGGUCGACUGACUAAUGGCUGGAAGUAAAAAAAAAAAUCAUUUGAAAACGUGAAAUUGCACUUACGAUUUCCCUCAGAGACAUGUCCAAUGCUUAAAAAGACACUAUUCAAAUCUGCAGAAGACUUAACAAGACAAAGUGGCCGCCAAGGAACAAGUUGUCAUUAAACAAUGAUUGAUUUUACAUUGACAAUAAACAACAUGAAAUAUGGAUUUCUUCCUGUGUUCCAAACACCAUUUGAGACUUUGAAGUGCUUAAUGUUUCCCCUUCUGCUGUGUUCACCACUAGAGGGCACCCUUGUUCCUUUAUUUUUCAAGUUAUUGUUUAAAGCGCCCAUUUAAAAUGUUUCAGUUGAACACACAUCUGUUUUUUUUUUCUGUUAAAGGAGAAUUUUGCAAUAAAGUGGAGCAUUAUUUUUUUA